AUGGACCAGCGUUACAUUGGCCAAGACAUCCUCCUCUGUGACCUGUGUCAAACAUCUGCAUUACAGAGUCACUGUAGACUUCAGAUUAACCUGUACUUGCACUCUGAAAAAGUAAAUGUGGUAAAACAUUAUGAGAAACUGACAACAGCUGUUAGAAAACGUGGAGAAGAAUUGCACAAAGAAAUUAACAUCUUUGUUGACAAACAGAAAUUAGAAAUUAUUGAGAUGAAAACCAAAACUCUAAAUAAACAGGAAAAUGAAAUCAAACGGAUUACUUCAGCUGUUAAACAGUGCAUAGUUGAUCUGAAGAAAAUACUGGACUCCAAUGAUGUCUCCUUAACUUCUGUGUACAAAUCCAGGAAUGCUGAAUUCAAAAGUUUACCUCCUAAAGUCAAUAUUUCAUUGCCAGAUUUCCCUCCUCAUCAGAUCAAUAGAGAAAAACUCCAUAAAAUGUUUGGUUCUCUGUCAGCAUUUUCCAUUACAACAGAAGAACAUGACUACAAAAUGAAGACACCAGAAGCUGUAUCCUGUCCUCGAGUCAAACCACUGCUUGAUGAACCAGAGCUUAUCAUCACCAUAGACACUGGACUACUUUAUAGUCUUACGUACCUGUCUUAG